UGUUUUAGCCCAUGCCAAUAUUCAACCAAUCGUUUCCAAGAAUUUCAUUAGUUCCAAAAUGGCGUCCGCCGGACAGAUAUUCAGUGGCUUUAACCUUGAAUCCCUUAAAGAACCUAGGGGUUUUAUCAAACCAAUCCAAUGGAUAUUAUCAAUUUUUGCUUUUGCAACUACAACAAGUGUAACAUUGAAGAUGCAGUUCAUGUCUAAAUGUAUGGAUAAUGGUACUGCGACAACCUCACACUCCUUUGAUAUAUCUUCAAGCUAUCCAUUUGCACUUGAAGAGGUCGGAUUUUCUGGGGUAGUAUGUAACGUUACACAAUCAUUAAACUUGUUACAAGGCAGCCAAUCACCAUCUCAGUUCUACGUUUUUGUUGGUGUAAUGGUCUUUCUGUACUGUCUAGCUGCACUUGUUAUGUACAUAUUCUGUGAUGACUUCUACAGGAAACACAAUGCCUGUACUAUUGGGGACUUCAUCAUCUCUGGUGUGAUUGUAUUGUUGUGGUUGAUCGGAUCCUCAGCUUGGGCUCAGGGCGUCACAGACCUCAAGUACUACACUGAUUUCGAGGAGUGUGGUUAUUUUGGUAUGAUCGCUGACUGCAAAGUUGCAGGGAAUACAUGUAGGCAGACCGUCAUACCAAACUUUGCAAGCCUUAAUGUUUCUAUAAUCUUUGGAUUCCUGAACAUGGGUGUGUGGAUAGGUAACAUGUGGUUCCUGUACAAAGAAACACCUUGGCAUAAGGUGCAGGAAACCAAGCCACCAAAUCUCCCAGGACAGCAGGCUCAAGACCCACAGAGGAUUUAAAGACAUGAUGGAGAUCUAGUUUUUACAAUUUAGCUUACUAGUAAUAUACUAAAAAAAAUCCAAAACAAAUUGUUGACUAUCAAAGGACAAUGUAAUGUCUAUGUAAGACAGUGUUAGAUUCUUUAGAUAUGUGUUAAUAUAUGAUAUAUGGCUAUGGUAGUUUGUUUAUUUAUUGAUAGUCUGUUUUCCAUGGUAACUGGACCUUUUUUUUCUGUCAAAAAAAAUGAACUUUUUGUCCAUUUACAUUGAACCUAAAAUUGAAUUUAUCUCCCUUUAUUUUAAUAUACAAAGAUGUUAUUUAUGUAGAUUAAAGCUCGAAGUUACUGUGUUUGAAUAAUUGAAUCAAGUCAUGUGACCUGUGAAAUGGAAAUUUUGUAAAAAAAAACAUUUUUGUUUUAUCAGAGUAAUUAUAUGUAAUUAUAUAUUUUUACUUACUUGAUGUAAAAAGCUGAGCAUUAUAUUAGGUCCUUUACCUUGAAAAGAAACAGUUAUGUUGUUUUUUGUUUUUUUUUGUUAAAGAUUACUAAUGAUUUAUAGUUAAGAUUUUGUUCUGAUAUUGCUGUUCCAGUGUUUAUGGAGUGAAGAUGCUGUUUUUUUUUCUUUUUUACUUAUUUUUUUUACCUAGAAAUACGUAAAACCAGGCUUUAUUAUUGUUUUUUCUUUUCUGUUUUUCUUUAUUUAUAUAAUCAUUUGUUUCAGUUAUUGUUAUGAAAGCUUGAUGACUGAGAUAAUGUCAAAAAUCAACAUUUCAUAUGAAGUGUGUUUUAGGAAUUGAAGUCAGCUCUGGUUUCAUUUAAUCAGUGUAUUUCUGUACCAUGUUCUGAUUUUCGGAAUUGGUCUUUUGACAAUAAAGAACUUGAAUUUUUAUAUGGAACAUUUUCGGUAGAAUAUAAGGUUUUUCAUUAUGAUUGUAUGAUAUUUGAAAUUAUAUGUUCCAUUAAACUAGUUUUAAUUUCAGCAUAACCAUGUUUAAAUGUUGAAUUCUGCUAAGUCCCAAGUGCUAGGGAGCAUGGAUGGUACCUUGAACUUUUCCAGUUCUGUCCAUGAACAGGCUUAAUCAAACCAAACCUGUAACAUUUUCAAUUUUACUGUUUUGGACUUUCAUUAGGGAUUGUAUUUCUCACUAUUUUAACAUCUUAAUGCUCAAUAAACAAUGCAAGUACCAGUGAAAUUUGUCUUAAAGUAAAGUAAUCUUCCAUAUUGUUUUUUAGGAUCCACAUGAUAUUGUAUAUUAUACAGAUUAUUGGUUACAAUCAACAUGGCAUUGACCAUAUCAUAAGAUACCAUGAUCUGCUAAUUACAUUUUGACACUUUUGAUAUUAGUAUUAUAAGUGGAUCUAUCUCUAUCAGUAAAAUUGUGCAGUUUUAAUGAUUUGAUCAUCACCCCACCCACUUAUAACAUAUUGAGAACAGCUGAUUUUUUGUAUAGAAGAUAUGAAAAUGUAAGUGAUUUAUUAAAGUAAAUUGGUCUAUCAUUGAAGGUCUGUAAUACAAGAAAUAAUCAUGUUGAUAGUAUUUAGUAUCAGAUAUCACACUAAACUAAAGAAGAAAUAUAUAUGGAUUUUGUUGGCAAGUGUGAGAUACACAAUCUGAUACAACAUAGAUUUAUAUAGCAGAUAAUAAAAUGUUCUAGAACAAAAUAUUAUUAUUCAUCAUAUAAAUGGUCAUACUUAAUGACUUAGAACUUUAUAAAAAUAUUUUUUCAAGUUAUAUUUUAUAAGAAUAUCCAAGUGACACUUUAGUAUCGUUUUCUUAUCAAUAUUUGAAAUACUUGUAUAGAAAAUAUGCCCAUUGUAGACCAAUCCACUUUAAAGAAUGCACUUUAAUAUGUGACACAAAAAAAACCAACAACAAAUUGUAAGGACUGAUAACAGUCCAAAGUCAUUCCUUUUUUUUCACAAAAGAUUAUCAUACAUGUAUGUACCUUCAUUUUCAGUUUUGUAUUGGAAUAUAUGAACAUGUAACUUUUUCUGUAUCGAAUUAUUCAAUUUUUAAAAAACCAUAUAUAACAUGUAUGUCAGUCAUCUGGUAUAUUGUUGAAGUUCAAGACUACAUUUUGUUGAUCAUUUGUUUGCCUAGAAAAUAAGUUGAUAUAUUUUAAAAGUCAUGGCGCUGGCUAUUUUCGUUACAUUUUGUACAUAAUUUACUGUAAUACCUAUUUGUCCAUCAUAGCUUUAUGAAUAUCUGCAAAUCCAUCCAUGAUUUAUUGAACUGCCAUACUAUAUUUCACUAUUAUUGAUUCAAAACACGAGCCGCAUUUUUCUUUAUUUGUAAGAUACCUUGAUUUUGAUUUUGAUUUUUUUUUUGUAAAACACCAAGACCUAGAUUUUUAAAGCACUAUUCUUCGAAAAAAAAAAAAAAAAUACAUGCAAAGAAGUUUAAUCAAUGGUCGUUAUUGAGCAUAGAAAUUUUAUAUUCAAACAUGCAUAUUUUAUGUCUUAGAAAUGAUUCCCUCAGGAUUUCAGUGUGACUGGUUCAUUAAAUAUAUGUCUUAUAAAGCAUCAAGUGUGAAAUUAGAGGAAUCAGGUGACGAGAGUCAUCUCCCCUGUGCUAGGGAUCGUGUUUCACGUGCACGUUAUCAUCAUUUUGUCAAAUACCAUAGAAACUUAAGUGUUGUGGGUGUAUUUAUUUUCUACUUUGUGGAUUGAUAUUUCAGCAACAUUCCAUGUAAAAGUCAGGCCAUAGCAAAUCUGUAAAUAGUAAAGAAAUUACCCGUAGUGAUUUUUGUUUUUUGUUUUUUUUCUAGUGGAAAGCUAAAUGAAAUUUGGCAUGCUUUUAAAUGUUAGUGUUUGGUGUAUGCUUUUGAUACUGAUUGUAGUGAACUAUGUAGAGGUAGCACUAGACCACUAGACUUUUGAAUUUCAUUGUAAAAAUGUGCACCAAAUGAACACCAGGCUUAGUGUGUGUUGAUAUAUAUAUAAUGGGUUCUUGACUUUGUAAAACAGAAUAUUAAUAAUUUUAUCAAUACAUUUGAAUUAUGGCUGACAAUUAAUGAUAUUAAAAUUUACAUUUUUUCGUUUUCUUUAUUUGUAAAAUGAAAUUGAUGAAUAGUGACCUGCUUUUCAAAGUCCUAAGUCUAAGAAUAUAGUCACAGUUAAAGAGGCUGAGCAUAUGGUCAAUAAGCCUUGAAAUAUGGUUAAAAGUGGCUGAAAAUAUGGUUAAAAGGAUUAAAUAUAGUAUAAAAUAUUACAGAUGCUGGUACAUGUACACUGUAUGGCAUGGGACUUUGUAGUAUCGGGGCACUUAACGUUUCCUAUAUGUGCAUUGAAUUUCAUUGAUGACUUUUAUAAUCAAUACUUUGUGUGUAGCAGAACAAAUUCAACUAAUCUCUAAAUUUUUAAUUGAAUGAGGUAAAAGAUUUUUAACUUCACCUUAUGCAAGACUGCACAUGACACAAUACUUAGAGUAUGCCGGUAAUAGAGUUACGGGCAAUAAUACAGAGUUAGAGUAUAUCGGGGAACAGUAUUUUGUGUGGUAGCAUGGCCUAGUGGUUAACAUUUCAGACUAGUAAUCUUAAGACCUAUAGCCACGUGGGUUCUGGCACUGUCAACUUCCUUGAGCAAGAAACUUUACACUUCAUUGUUCAGUAUUGGGUGUUUCAGGAAUGGAUUCAAAAAUGAGUUGUUGCUAAGCUUAUAUCUUCAUAUGCGUUCAAACUAAAAUAAAAAUAAAUUACAUAUAAACUAACAGAUAUCUUUGAUUGGGGUUUCAAAAGGCAGUCAUGAUAGUAAAAAAAAAUAACCAAAAACAAAAACAAAAAACAGUUAAUAAAUAUUAAAUACUGUCUGCAAUUAAAUAAAUUGUGUUUAACUCUUUGGCCUUGAGUGAUUUAUAUUGUGUUUUUGGGCAUUUGGGACUAUUGACCAUAUCUUUAAGUUUGUGAACAUUUUUUAUUUAUAUUUGAGGAUGUGUUAGAAUUCUGAAUUUAAUGCUAUAUAUAAGAAUGCUGUUUAUGUGUACGAAAUCUGGGUCAUAAUAUAAUUGGAGAAGCAACUGGAAAUAAGUGCCAUGUAAUGUGUUUGUUCAGUCAGGCAUAAGCACUGCUAUUUUGUCUUAUUGUUUCAUAGAUGAUAUUGUUACUGUAAUCUAUAUACCCUCCAUGUUUGAGUUAGCCAACAUAUAUUAAUCUGUAUAAAUUUAUCUUUAUUUUUCCAGUUAUGUACUACAAGAAUAUUUUAUUUUAUGUUAAUCAAACCAGAAAAUCCAUGUUGUAUGUCAUAAGAUGUUAUAUUAAAUCAGCUUUUUGUACAUUAAUAAAUUAGAUAGUACAUGUCAAACUUAAAAAGUUUGUAAUUUUACAGCUUAAAAAUGGCAAAAGACAAAUGUUUUAGCUUGAAUUUGUUAAUUACAAAAUUUAAUGUAUAUACAGUAUAUAACCUUAACUUUGAAUGAGACCAUUUGCUGAUUGAUGCCAUCUGAUAUAUGCAAAGUAUGUUAUUUGCACAACUUUAGUGCUUUUAUUGUAAAUAUAUACCAAGGGAAGUGAUCUUUAUAAUUAAGAUAUAGCAACAAGAAAAAAAAUAUGAAAAUACGAGCUUCCAACCUUAGAGGCAAAGAUGGUACCCAAUUUCUGGUUCCCAGUCUAUCACAAUCACACAAUACAUUUGUUUUAGAUUGUAAUUAAAAACAAAGCAUGUUUUCGUAGAUACAUGUUAAAAAUAUCAUUGUGCUUAAGCUUGUUACCAAACUUGUACAUGUAUUUGUAUUAACAGAUCUGUUUGUUUUUUUAAUAAAGUGGAUAUUAUUCA